AUGGAUCCCAAAAAGAGGACGGUCUUUUCCAACCUGCGUGAGAAAACCAAGGGGCUUAGGAAACUGGGGAAGAAAAGCCAUGAAAAGCCCAAAAAAACCAACCUGAGAUAUAGGAGGAGCAUUUCCGUGCCUGACCUGAGGGCCUCAUUGGGAGAGAUGGCCUCUCUAGAUGAGAUCGACUUUGAGGGCAGAAUAAGUCCAGACAGCAUCGACCAGGCUGUGAGUGACACCUUGAGCCAAAUGAGCUUCCCAGACCAGAUCAGUACCCCUGGUACCCCUCCUCUCGGCAGGAACUCUUUGGCUGACAGCUCUUGUCUGGUCGAGCGGAGACACGCAGUGACUGAGGCGACCGUCCUAACUAGACCAAUGAGGAACACACCAAGAGAGAGGGCUACGACCACGUGGUAUAUCGCAGAUGAAGAUAGUGUGUCGUUACAGACACCAUCAGAGAAAACAGCUACCUCCAUCCUUACAGAAAAUCAGGCACCCCAAACAGACAGAGGGUCCACGGAGGCAGAGAAACAGAUGGCACCGGAGGUUUCAGAUAAACUGCUGGCUGCUCUAAACAAAGCUGGUGGUUCUGCAGAGAAGCAGUCACCUCCGAGGAAGAGGGUCCUCAUCCCUCCGGAGAGACUGUCGUUGAGUGAGGAUGUGUCAGUGUGGAACGCUUUGGAGUCUACAAACAGCACACCGUCUGAAGAACAGACUCUUCUCCCCAUGGCCAUUGAUUGUGACAACAUCUCUGAGCCAUUCUCACCAAUGUCUCCCGUAGAAAUGUUUGUUGUGGGGUCAGCUGAAUACAUGUCUGAGGUUCCCAACGAGAGCACUGACUUUGAUACUACUUCCUUAACAGAUCGUAACUCAGGAGCCAGUGAAUCCCCGCAGUCUGGUGUUACCCAAAAGGUGCAGUAUCUUCUAACUAUAAACCUGAAGGAAGGUCGAAACCUGGUAGCCAGAGACCGUUCUGGUAAAAGUGACCCGUUUGUGAAAUUCAAAUUCGAUGGCAAGACCUUCUACAAGAGCAAAGUUGUCAACAAGAACCUCAAUCCAUCGUGGAAUGAGUCCUUCUCCUACCCUGUCAGAGACCUGGAGCAGAGCGUCUACCUUAAUGUGUAUGACCGAGACCUCAGAUCUAAUGACUUUAUGGGAUCAACCAGCUUUGCCCUGAGUAAACUCGAUCUGGACAAGACAACGGAGAUGGUUUUGCGUUUGGAGGACCCCAGCAGUCCGGAGCCAGACAUGGGAGUCAUCAUCAUUGACGCCUGCUUGUCGAUCAGAGAUGGACCAACCAAACGGAAUAGGUGGCCGCUGAAAAGACGGGGCAGCUUUAAUAAGGGCCAACCCAUUAGUGCCAGCCCACGGGUGGCAAACUCCCAGAGGAUCCAGCUAUGGGACAGCGUGUUCACCAUCAUCUUGGUGGAGGGACAGGACAUGCCUGACAGCGGUCAGGGGGAUGUUUUUGUGCGUUUCCGAUUGGGAGAGCAGAAGUUCAGGAGCAAGAAUCUGUGCAUUAAGUCUAAUCCUCAGUGGAGGGAGAAGUUUGACUUUAAUCGUCUCCAGGAUGGGUCAGAGCUGCUUCAGGUGGAAGUGUAUGCAAAGAGGGGCAGGAAAUGUGAGGAAUGCUGGGGCAUGCUGGAUAUUGACUUGUCACAAGUGCCACAGAACCAGAGGCAGCUGUACACACGGGUUCUGGACCAGGGUAAGGGCAGACUGGUAUUUCUGGUCACACCGACACCCUGCCCUGGAGCCUCCAUUUCGGACCUGCGUGCACCCCCCUUAGCUGAGCCUGGCACAUACGAGAACUUCAUCGACCAAUACAGCUUGAGGAACUCAACGAAAAACAUAAAGGAUGUUGGUUUCCUCCAGGUCAAGCUCAUCAAAGCCACAGAUCUGCCGGCAACAGAUCUUAACAGGAAGAGUGAUCCAUUCUGUGUGCUGGAGCUUGGGAACAGCAAACUGCAAACUCACACCAUCUAUAAAACACUCAACCCGGAGUGGAAGACAGUGUUCACUUUCCCUGUAAAGGACAUUCAUGAUGUACUGGUGUUGUCUGUCUUUGGCGAGGACGGAGACAAGGCACCAGACUUAAUAGGAAGAGUUGCCAUUCCUUUACUGAAAAUCACCAAUGCACAGUCCAUAACUAAACAACUAAAGAAAGAUGAUUUGACAGCACCAGGCAAGGGAACCAUCUCUCUGGAAAUGGAGAUUCUAUAUAAUCCAGUCAGAGCAAGCAUCCAGACCUUCCAACCCAAGGAGAAAAAAUUCUCAGAGGACAAGCCGAAGUUCUCUAAAAAACUGUUAGCGCGGAACAUAUAUCGUGUGAGGAGGCUUAGCACGGCCGUUUUAUACACACUGCAGUACAUUCAGAGUUGUUUCCAGUGGGAGAGCACCCAGAGGAGUCUAACAGCCUUACUGAUCUUUGUGAUAACGGUGUGGCUCUGGGAGUUGUUCAUGUUUCCUCUCUUCCUCCUUGUCCUCAUUGGCUGGAACUACUUCCAUAUGACCCAGAGCACGGCCAGCUACAGUCAGGACCUGGAGACCAUGUCCGUGGCUGAGGACGAGGACGAUGAUGAAAAGGAAUCAGAGAAAAGAGGACUCAUGGAGAAACUCCAUAUGGUUCAAGAAAUCAUCCUCACUGUUCAGAAUACACUGGAUGAAGCGGCAUGCGUUGGGGAGAGAAUUAAGAAUACUUUUAACUGGUCAGUGCCGUUCCUGUCCUACCUGGCUGGCUUGGUACUCUUCCUGGCCACCCUUGUGCUAUAUUACAUACCACUGAGAUACAUUGUUUUACUGUGGGGCAUUAACAAAUUUACCAAGAGGCUGCGCAACCCCUACGCCAUUGACAAUAAUGAAAUACUGGAUUUUCUCAAGAGGGUGCCUUCUGAUGUUCAAAAGGUGCAGUACAGCGAGCCGAAAGCACUGGGUGCCCAGAACCAACAGAAGAAGAAGCGCUAA